AUGUCGCGAUUUGGCCUACCUGUUGAUGUAUUUUUCAGUUACCACACCCACAAAUACCACACUAAAAUCCACUACCACACCCUCAAAUACCACACUAAAAUCCACUACCACACCCACAAAUACCACACUAAAAUCCACUACCACACCCACAAAUACCACACUAAAAUCCACUACCACACCCACAAAUACCACACUAAAAUCCACUACCACACCCACAAAUACCACACUAAAAUCCACUACCAUACCCACAAAUACCACACUAAAAUCCACCACCACACCCACAAAUACCACACUAAAAUCCACUACCACAACCACAAAUACCACACUAAAAUCCACAACCACACCAACUACAACUCCUACAACCACACCAACUACAACUCCUACAACCACACCAACUACAACUCCUACAACCACACCAACUACAACUCUUACAACCACACCAACUACAACUCUACACACCCCACUACAACUCCCACAACCACACCAACUACAACUCACUACGAACCACAAAUCGCAUACAACUCUAAACACUCACCCACUACAACCCACAACCACACCACUACAAACUCUACAAACCACACCCAACUAAAAACUCUUACAAACACCAACCCACAACUCUACACUCACAACCACUACAACUCCCACAACCACUACAACUCCCACAACCACACCAACUACAACUCCUACAACCACACCAACUACAACACAACCACACCAACUACAACUCCUACAACCACACCAACUACAACUCUUACAACCACACCAACACAACUCCCUACACGCACAACCAACUACAACUCCUACAACCACACCAACUACAACUCCUACAACCACACCAACUACAACUCCUACAACCACACCAACUACAACUCCUACAACCACACCAACUACAACUCCUACACUCACACCAACUACAACUCCUACAACCACACCAACUACAACUCCUACAACCACACCAACUACAACUCUUACAACCACACUAACUACAACUUCCACAACAACACCAACUACAACUCCUACAACCACACCAACUACAACUCCCACAACCACACCAACUACAACUCCCACAACAACACCAACUACAACUCCUACAACCACACCAACUACAACUCCUACAACCACACCAACUACAACUCCUACAACCACACAACUACAACUUCCACAACCACACCAACUACAACUCCUACAACCACACACCAACUUACAACUCCCCAACCCACCAACUACAAACUACAACAACUCCUACUAACCACACCAACUACAACUCUUACACCACCACACCAACUACAAACAACUCUUACCCCACACACUACAACUCCACAGACAAACCAACUAACAACCCCUACAACCACCAUCACUACAACCCCUACAACCACACAACUACAACUUCCCCACCACGAACCAAACUAA